AUGCGCAAGAAAAAUCGAACUCUUGAGUGUAGCCCUUGCAGCAACAUCAACUCGGAUCAAUACAUUAUUCAUCUUCUUCGGGAGGAAGAAAUGAUUGAGGCUAUCCAGAUGGUCGAUCCCGAGACUGCUGCAAACUUGGGCGAGAAGCUGGAAGAAUGUCUGCAAAAGCCAUGGCACUACCUCGACAAAUCGAACACGGUGUCCGAGGAAGAGAGACUGGAGUCUUUUCGCAAGAUCACGAAAGAGACCGAGGGAGCCAAAAGACAUGAAGAUGUUGGGGAACCAUCUGAAAAGGAUAACCACGAACAUGAAGUCCUCGAAGGAUCCUCAUCACCACCUCGCCCCAGAAAAGAUUCCUGCAACGAAGAUUUGGCCAACACCGUCACCACCAUCAUUCCAUACGACGAAAAAGACAAGGAAAUCGCUGCAGGCAAGACGUUCAACGAUCUCAGAUUAUUCGGUGUGUUCCAGAGCCCAGAAAAUCAAUUCAACUACCACAAUAAGACGAGACAGCAGGACUCGUUGCGCCGUUUGCCUGAUCAUCUUGCAUAUCGACCUUUAGAUGCUGCGAGGAUCUUUGCUGAUAAGUCGGAUAACUAUCUUUGGAAGAUGGCUGCGAAGAGAAUUCGUAUCAUUGUUACACAGCAUUGA